AUGCAGUGCUGCUCCAGGGAUACUCGUCUUACGGACGAAGAAAUUGACACUCAGGAAACUCAGGUUAGGACUAUUAACACCGUUACCGACAGGUCCCGCGCACAAGAGAUCGGUCAAAAUGUUGAGAGGCAAUGGGUAAGUUUACACAUGGGGAAACAUAUUUAUUCACUGUGGCUGUUACCACUUACCAGCCCGUUGACACUAACCAAGACUAUUGAGGUGCCCGUAGUCAAGACUGUGGAGCGCGUUGUCCCCAAGCCUGUUAUUCAGGAACGUGUUAUUCAAGUUCCCCGCGAGGUUACCCAGGUUGUCGAGAAGGUUGUUGAGAUUCCUGAUGUGAAAUUCGUCGAGAAGAUCAUCGAGGUCCCUCAAGUUCAGUACCGUAACAAGUUGGUACCGAAGGUCGAGGUUGUUGAGAGGAUUGUAGAGAAGCCUCAGAUCAUCGAGCAAUGGACCGAACGCAAGGUUGAGGUUCCUCAGAUCAAGGAAGUUGUGCGUUACAAGGAAAUCGAUGAGACAGAGGAGAUCAUCCGCUACUACCCCAAGGGUCACGGUAACAUUGACUGGGACAAGGAGUGCGAAAAGGCUCACAUCAUUAUCCCUAACGAAGGCAAUGAAAGCAAAUCAGUUUCUAAAACGGAAUGA